AUGGAUGGAGUGAUUGACAAAGUAUUGGCGCAAUCUAAUGAAAGUCUUGCGGAAAAUGAAAAUUCAACAUCAACAAGAAUACCUUCAACACCAGAAGGAAUGGCUUUAGCAUACUGUAGUCUCAUAAUAAUGGCAAUAUUGCCGAUUUUUUUCGGUAGUUACCGAUCUGUAAAGCACCAUAAGGAACAAAAGAAAGCAUUUGAAGCUGGAGGUGAAAAACCAGAAACUAUGUCACAAAAAGAUGCUGCAAUGUUCCCUUUAAUUUCCAGUGUUGCGCUGUUUGGAUUGUACAUUUUUUUCCAGAUAUUUUCCAAAGAGUAUAUCAAUCUGUUAUUGACAGGAUAUUUCUUUUUUCUUGGAAUACUGGCACUUUGCCAUUUAACGAGCCCCAUCAUCUCGUCCUUAGUACCAGCUGCAAUACCAAAAACACAAUAUCAUAUCCAUUUUACUGAAGGUGAAGGAGAUAAGGUUGAGAGUAUUAUUGACUAUAAAUUUAAUCUUCAUGAUAUUGUGUGUUUAAUCUGUUGUUCUAUGAUUGGAGCUUGGUACCUCUUUCAAAAACAUUGGAUUGCUAACAAUCUCUUCGGUAUAGCGUUUGCUAUCAAUGCAGUAGAAUUAUUACAUCUCAAUAAUAUUGUCACUGGAUGUAUUUUAUUAGGUGGUCUUUUUGUAUAUGACAUUUUUUGGGUAUUUGGAACAAAUGUAAUGGUAACUGUGGCGAAAUCCUUUGAAGCUCCUAUCAAACUAGUAUUUCCUCAAGACAUGUUAGAACAAGGGUUUAGCGCUAAAAACUUUGCCAUGUUGGGCCUAGGUGAUAUUGUCGUUCCUGGUAUUUUUAUAGCGCUACUACUCAGAUUUGACCAUAGCUUGAGUCGAAGAUCCAACACUUACUUUUAUUCAACAUUCUUUGCUUAUUUUAUGGGAUUACUUACAACAAUGCUAAUCAUGCAUUUAUUUAAUCAUGCACAACCAGCGCUUCUGUACUUGGUACCUGCCUGCUUAGGAACUCCUUUACUGGUCGCAUUAAUCAAAGGAGACAUCAAAACACUUUUUCUAUAUGAAGAUCAUCCAUCUAAUCCUACAAAUGAUGAAAAAAUUGUCACCCCGUUAAUUGAAAACUCCACUCAGUUAGACAAAUCUAAGAGAAAAGGAAAAGUUAUCGCAAAAACCGCUGAAGAUAACGAUAGCCAAGUUUGUAUGAAGAAAGAUCAAUAA